UGUUAUAAGGUUCAAUGAAGAAGAUAAGUUGAGCAAAGAAUAUGUGUUCAAAGUAGGAAUGGAGUUUCGUUCCUUGAGACAAUUUAAGGAUGCAAUACUUGAGCAUAAUGUGUUAAAUGGUAGGGAUAUCAAGUUUGAGAAAAAUGACUCAAAUAGAUGUAGAGUGGUUUGCAAGGAUAAUAAAAAAUGUAACUACACAAUUUUGUGAAGUAGAGUGUUAUCUACUGCAACUUUUAGGAUUAAAACACUCUUUGAUAAAGACAAGUGUGGAAGACAAUUUUUUAACAAAAGUGCUAAGGCUGAAUGGGUUGCUAAGGUUAUUGUUGAUGGGCCUAAGAACAAUAGUAAGAUGAAACUAAAUGAGGUAGUGGCAGAUAUUAGAUCAAGGUAUUCCCCAAAAAUUCCAGGAUGUAGGGCCUUUAAGGCUAGGCAAAUUGCUAGACAAAUAGUUGAGGGUGAUUCAAGUAAUCAAUUUAGCAUGUUGUGGUCUUAUGGUGCUGAUUUGAAGAGGGCUUCAGCUGGCAAUACUUUCAAAACCAACACAGCUGCUCUAGCUCCAGGUUUGAGGCCAAGAUUUGGAAGGUGUUAUCUUUGCUUUGAUGGGAACAAGAAAGCUAUGACAAAAACAUGUAAGCCCUUUAUUGGCUUGGAUGGAUGCCAUUUGAAACAUAGGUAUGGUGGAAUUAUGUUGAUUGCAGUGGGAAGAGAUCCCAAUGAUCAGUAUCUUCCAGUUGCUUUUGCUGUAGUUGAGAGUGAGACAAAAGACACAUGGAGUUGGUUUAUGAAGUUACUAAUAGAGGACAUUGGAGAUGGAAGAUGGUGUUUCAUAUCUGAUCAACAAAAGGGCCUGGUGCAAGUAUUUGAAGAAGAGUACCCAUCUUAUGAACACAGAUUCUGUUUGAGACACCUAUAUGCAAACUUCAAAAAGAAGUUUGGAGGAGGUACCUUGUUCAGAGAUUUGAUGAUGGCAGCUGCUAAGGCUACCUAUUUUGAGGCACAUGAAGCAAAGAUGCUAAUGAUCAAGGAGGCCAAAUUGGAAGCUUAUGAAUGGUUAGAGGCAAUUCCCAAGAACAAAUGGUGUAAGCAUGCUUUCCCCUUUUUCUCAAAAUGUGAUGUCUUGAUGAACAAUUUAAGUGUCUUUUAAUGCCACCAUAUUACUUCAAAGGGACAAGCCAAUAAUUACAAUGCUAGAGUGGAUUAGGACCCUGAAGACAAGGGAUGUUACAGGACCUGGAAAAAGACUAGAUGACCCUUUGGUGAUCCCUGAGGAAGGUGAUGCAAGUGAGGAUUCAACUUGUCAUGCAAUCAAGACAAAGAAAUGGGAUGACAUUUACAAAGGAUUGACUCAGUGAAACUAGUGUUUGAUGAUGUAUUUGCAACCUUUUUUUGUAAUCAAUGUUUUGGAACCAUCUUUUUACUUUUUUAAUGUACUGAUGUAGUUUAUGUUUAUGGGUUGGAACCUUAUUUAAUGUA